ACUGGUUGCUGGUGUCCAAAGCCAGGCCUGUUACAUGCCACGAUUGGGGUUGUCGCUCAACUUCUGCCAGAGAUGUGGACCCGGUGGUCUUGAUGACUUCUGUGUCAAGCGUUACGACAAAUGCCUGUCCAGGGUGGCCAGUACUGCAUACAACACUGUGCCAGAUGCUCCCCCACCCCACGGGUACCGCUCGUCUGGACCGUUUCCAGCCUCCUGCAUCAAGCUAGUCAACGUCACCAACUCGAUACCCAACCGUGCGGGCAUCACUGGCACCACCCCCAUCUACCUGCAGACCAGGGACUGGGGGAAUUCUCUGCCCAGGGUGUAUUUUAACCCUGCUGUCGUGCCUUUCCUGAACAUCGUCCUCCCCCUACAUCAGUGCCUGGCCAACAACGCCCCUUUCCCCAACGGCAGAUGGAACUGGAACAACCCCUACAACAUCAGAUAUGGCUACCGAACCGACAGCUUCUACUACAUCGACGACUCCGGCAACUACGUCUGGAGCUAUCAGUGCUACUGUGACUACUGCAACUCCUGCCAGUCCUGCACCAACGGCUAAACACGGAGCUGGUCACGUGACACCCGCCAACAGGAUCCACCAGGAUCUUGAGAUUUACCUGAACCAAAUAGAAACAAUAAAUCUAUUUUUAAACCU